AUGCCACCUCUAAGCCAUACCCGGAGUCGUGCCGGUUUCCUCCCGCUGGCGACGUUCACCAACCUCCGCCUCCUGCAGGGUAUCCUCCGUGUGGUUCUCGCAUCGUCUCGCUUUCGUCUUCGCAUCGCAUCGUCUUCGCUUUCGCAUCGUCUCGCAUUCACCUGGCAUCAUCCCAGCGUUGAAUUCGUACGCCCCUGCUCUUUUCUGCUCCAACACUUCCUAGAACCAGGACAGAACGACUUGUAA